UCAUGGCAUCCGAUCUGUUCUUGCCGACGCCGCUCAAAAAAUCCAAGUUGGAUAUUCCGGAGCUUCCCGAUAUUGUUUUCCCGCCUGUCUUCAACCCUCAACUGCUUGAGGCUGCCUCAAACAAAAUAACUGAGCUGAAACGAAAUAAUCAGAUAAAUGGGAGCGUGCCUCAUGCGAGCCCAUCGAGAUUGCCGACGGAGACGUCAAAGGAUUCCAAAAGCAACGAUCUGAAACUAGCAAUUGUAUCCAAGAGGACAAUGCCUAAACUAUACAGCCGGUCAAAACGCUACGAUACAUCAGUGAAUGAAAGUGUACGUGUACCUCGGCUAUUUGAGCUCUGUAUAAGAGUGCUGGCAGCAAACAUUGAUGCGAUCGAUGAAGUAGGUGAUCUUCCUUAUGAUGUCUUAAAGGAUGUCUUGGACAAGUGUAAUCCGAUGCAACUGAUGCGAAUCGAAUCGCACAAUCCGCACUUGAUAGAGGACACUGAACACCUUUGGGAGGGAUUCUGCAGACGUGAAUUCAAAAAUGCGGAGCUGCGCAAGGAGAACGAUCAAGGCUGGUGCGAAUACUAUGUGAGCCUGUGUGAGUUCAGAGACAAAAAACUAGAGCAACUGAAGUCGAAAGUGAGCCAGCAUCUAAUUGAAGCAGAGGCUCCUAAACGAAAGACUAAGUACACUUCCGUCGUUUCUCGGCCAACAGGUCGCGAUCGUUACUUGGCACAAAAUUCGCCGCAAAAAGAGCAAAUGAGAAAGAGAAGUGAAGCUAAGUUCACUAUUGAUAAAUCAAAAACUUCAACUGUUUCUGAUCCAAUUCUGAAAUCGAAACCGGUGCUGACUGAAGCCCCCGUGGUGAUACCUUCGCGCGCUGAAAUUCUCGCCAAGCGAGGACUGAAGACACUUAACGACCCAAAAAAGUUUAAAACGCAAACAAAUGCCAUGGAAAUGGUGCCUCCCAAAGUAAGGCUAUCAAGUGUGGUUAGCUCAGGAAGUAGUUUUAGAAAUAACUCAACAGCGCCUGUUUUCAAUAAACCAAGAGUUUCAAUGUCGAAUAGUUCGAUUGAAAUAAAGGCAGAGAAAAUGCCGAAGUCAUCCAAUGGAAUCGUACCUUUAUCUAAACUAAGUUUUGUACCAAAUGAAAGGCCUCUCAGUGGACGAAAUGAAACUAAGCAGGUCGGAGAAUCGGAUAAAGUCAAAUCAAGUUCAUCAGCGAUUCCCACUAAGUUGAAAAAGGACCUCAAAUCUCAGCCGAAUUCAUCCAAGAAGAAAGUUGUUCGUCAGUCUUUGUUCGGGUCAUAGGAUUGUCCAACCGCUAAAUCAAUCAUUAGAAUCGAGCCGAUCUAUAAAAUGGUAAAGGGUUUGAUUAAAAAUGUGGAUAGCAAAAAUAUAACAAGGUGCUGAGGAACAAACUCAUUAUUCUAUUUCUGUAAAAAACAUGCAGCCAAUGAUGCUUUUUCUAGCAUAAAUUUAUUUUAGGGUUUUUCUGCUCAUUCACAGCAAAUAACUGAAUAGCUCAUCAGAAAUAAUUGAACGCCUCGGUUUCUAAGUUUGAUUAAAUGACCUUUCUUAAACCGAUCAAUUUAGUCUAAAUAAGUUAAUUUCUGCUCGCAUCGUAUGAGAUUUGUGAAAUUGGGUGGAAUACGCAAAAGACCCUUAGUUCAUUUCCGGAAUCAAGUUUUCAAAACAAAGUCCAACUAAUUGGUGCUUCAAGUUUAUGACAAAUUUAACUAUUUAUUGCUAUCCUGCCUUUGUAUUAAUUUCCUACUUCUUAAACAAUGGUUUGUAUGGCUGGUGCUUCAAUAGUUAUAUUAGUGUUACUACAAAUUUUUACAGCAGUAAUCCAAAUAUUCCGUGUCUGUACAAAACAGUCCCAUACAAAACAGUCCAAUACAAAACAGUCCGAAAAAACAUAGCAAAGUUCAAAAAAACAGUCCCAUACAAAACAGUCCCAAAAAUAGUCCAAAAAACAGUCCCAUUGAUCGAAGUGAUAAUUGUUCUAGAAGCUGAUAAGUAAAUUUAUCUCAUAUUAAACGCAUUUUGAUUCCAACUAAUCCGGAUAACAAUAGGUAGUAUAUUAGAGAAAUUAGAACAACCCAGAUAACAGCAGCGGCCACUCAGUAAAAGCAAUAAUCUUCGAAACAUUAAAGUUAACGCAAUUUAAGAAAGUGGACUCUUUUUUUAAUCUAAGCAAAAAGAGACAAGUUGUUCAAUCUGUUUCAUUUGCAAACACUUGACAACACUCAAUAGAAACGAAAUUCACUAUCUAUCGAUGGAAAUCAUACUUACAAACAAAAAUUCUGAGUUACUGAUUUUUGAAGGGUAUGCUUAUAUUAAACACAGAACACUGGCAGACAACUCCCUUUCCUGGCGCUGCGGACAAAGUAGCUGCAAUGGCCGUGUGCGUACAAAGGACGACUCCGUUGAGAUCGUUAAAAAUCACUGCCACUUCCCCGAUCCAGCUGACAUCGAAAAACGUAAGUUCAGAAAAACACUCAAAGAUCGAGCAGCAGUAUCCGAUGUAACACCGCGACAGACUAUUUUCGGAGUGCAGCCAGUAUUUAGACAGCCGCGUAUUCA